CAUGCACACACAGCUCCUUUUCUCCCCCUAUCCCUCUCUCUCUCUCUCUCUCUAAGCCAGUUAUUCAUCCACUGGGUGAGUCAGAGUGGGAGGAGUCUCUGAGGCCAGCAGUACCAGUCACCCUGUUGAAUAUCACUUUUUUUUCCUUUGCUCUGUCUCCCUCUCUUUCUCUCAACUUCUCCUUUCUCUCUUGCUCUCCCUCUCUCUUUCUCUCGCUCUCUCUCUCUCUUUCUCUCUCUGCCUUCAAACGUUCCCUGUUACUGUUCAGGCCGUGCUUUUCAUCUGAACUGGGAGAACAAUAACUUGACGGGAGUCCUGGCCCACCAGCACUCAGCAGCAGGAGCAGCCCCUGAGGAAGAAGUUUAAGAUUUUGCACUAACCCGAGAUACUUGAGAAAGUCGAGAAAAUGCUGGAGACCGUCAAAGACAGAGUGCUGGAGAUGUACGACAAAAUCUUAGCGGGAAGAGACCCACGGCUGAGGGGCUACCUGCUGAUGGACAGUCCGGUCAACAUGACGGCCAUUCUGCUCGGCUAUCUCUUCUUCGCACUGUACGCAGGCCCUCGGAUAAUGGCCAACCGCAAGCCCUUCGAGCUGAAAGGCGCUAUGAUUUUCUACAACUUUUGCUUGGUUUUUCUGUCUAGCUUCAUUGUAUAUGAGUUCUUGAUGUCAGGUUGGCUUACAGGAUAUACAUGGAGAUGUGACCCUUGUGAUUACUCCGACAGUCCUCAAGGACUCCGGAUGGUCAGAGUGGCCUGGUUGUUUCUCUUCUCAAAGUUCAUCGAACUCUUAGACACUGUGUUUUUCGUGCUUCGUAAAAAACACAGUCAGAUUACGUUCCUUCACAUCUUCCACCACUCCUUCAUGCCCUGGACCUGGUGGUGGGGGGUCAGCUAUGUUCCUGGUGGAAUGGGCUCAUUUCAUGCCAUGGUUAACUCGGUCGUCCACGUCAUCAUGUACUUCUACUACGGCCUCUCGGCUGCAGGACCUCGCUUCCAGAAGUACCUCUGGUGGAAGAAAUACAUGACCGCCAUCCAGCUGGUGCAGUUUGUGCUGGUGUCGCUUCACGCUACCCAGUAUUACUUCAUGUCCAGCUGCGAUUACCAGGUACCGGUGAUCCUUCACCUCAUCUGGAUGUACGGCACCUUCUUCUUCAUCCUUUUCUCCAACUUCUGGUACCAGGCCUAUGUGAAAGGCAAGAGGCUGCCCAAGAGUACCGAACAGUCGAGUCAGAAAGGCAAGGCCAAAGCGGUUCAGUCCAACGGCAAGGCCAGACUCGUCGCUAACGGAGAAACAGUCAUGACUAACGGCAACAGCGUACAUCACGAAAACGGCCUGACCAAUGGAAAGAAGCACUAUGAGAACGGAAGUGCACACAAUGGUAAGAUGAAGAAAGCCUAACAUCCGAGAGAAGAACAUCCAAAACGUAUGACCACGAGUGCCUGCAUAAAACGCCAUGGAUUCCAAAGAGAGUUUUGGAACUGUUUUUCCCUCAGCCUGUUUUUUUUUUUUUUCCUUUAUUUUUGUAAUUUUAUGCACAAAUACAUGGGGAGAUGAAUGAGUCUGGGAUCCCUGUUUGUAUUUUUCGUUUGUCAUUAAUUUUAAUGUUAAUCUAUAUAAAAAUAAAUAACGAGCACAAUACAUGAAGAGAAGAGAUGAUGAUAAUUUAAUGACUGGCUGUGUUCUUCACUGACAGUGCUCAUCUUAUUCUGAGCAAAUGCACUCCUCCCCUCUUUACCCAGACUCCCAAGUGACCAACCACACUGUACAUUUCUCUUCAGACGACUUGAGCUCCAGCUGUAAAUACUGUAGGUUUACUCGUCAGCACUAAUGGGAUUGAUUGGGCUCUAAAUUUUUUUUUUUUUUUUUUUUUUUUUGUUACUGAAGAUGCAUUGACUUGAAGAUAUAAAAAAAAAUAAAUUCAGUUUUAAAACGA